GAGAAAUUAUUCUUGCAGAAGAUUUUUUUCUGAGUUUUAUAAAAUUAUGGGUUCAUUCACAUGGCAAAUUUAUCAAUCACAUGGUACUGGUAACAUUUUUUCCAUCCCAAUAACGUGGAUGAGAAAGAUAAUCUGGUAUAAAAAGUGUAUAAUCAAUUUGGAGAUUUUUCAUUUCAUAGUCCCACGGACCAUUCCUCAGAAUAUUUAGAAGUCUUAUCAGACAUAUACUGGACCUGCAUGAGUCUUCAUGCUCAUUUAUGAAUUUGAGGCACAGGUAUCGAUGAUGCAUUUUGCAGAGGUGUUAGUGAUUGCUGCCCUGUUGAGCAUCUAUGGCAGUGCCGAUGGUCAAGUAAUUAGCGUUGGUGGUUGCCCUGAUAUGUCUGUCGUCGACAACUUUGAACCAAACAAGUAUACUGGUAGAUGGUAUGAGGCAGAACGAGUAUUUAAUCCAUUCGAAGUUGGGGGAUCGUGUAUUACUGGCGAUUAUACUAUUGAGGAAGAUAACUUCAACCACCCUACUGGUAACCUACUUGUGGUUCAUUCAAUGACAAACUGGCUUGGUCGCAAAAUUUCAAAAAGCGCUGAUGCUUUCCCAUUGGAUCGUUCGAGUAGGAAAGCAAAGUAUCUUCUCAAAUAUAAAGGUUCUCCAUUCACAGGCCCUUAUUGGAUAUUGGACACGGAUUAUGACACCUACAGUGUUGUUUACUCAUGCACUUCAGUAUUGGGUCUUCUCAGUUUCAUUCGGACUGUUCAAACCUGA